UUUUUUGGACAUCCGGAAGUCUAUAUUUUAAUUUUACCUGGAUUUGGACUAAUUUCUCAUAUAAUUAGAAAUGAAAGAAUAAAAAAAGAAACUUUUGGUGCAAUAGGAAUAAUUUAUGCUAUAAUUUCUAUUGGGCUAUUAGGAUUUAUUGUUUGGGCUCAUCAUAUAUUUACUGUAGGAAUAGAUGUGGAUACUCGUGCUUAUUUUACUUCAGCAACAAUAAUUAUUGCUGUUCCCACAGGAAUUAAAAUUUUUAGAUGAUUAGCAUCUAUAAAUGGUAUAAAAAUUAAAUUUAAUGUUACUAAUAUAUGGUUAUUAGGAUUUAUUUUUUUAUUUACUGUAGGUGGUUUAACAGGGAUUAUUUUAUCAAAUUCAUCAAUUGAUAUUAUCCUACAUGAUACUUAUUAUGUAGUUGCUCAUUUUCACUAUGUUUUAUCUAUAGGUGCUGUAUUUGCAAUUUUUGGGAGAUUUAUUUAUUGGUAUCCUAUAAUAUUUGGAUUAUCAAUAAAUCAAAAAUGAUUAAAAAUUCAAUUUAUUAUAAUAUUUUUAGGAGUUAAUAUAACAUUUUUUCCACAACAUUUUUUAGGAAUAAGAGGAAUACCUCGUCGAUAUUCUGAUUAUCCUGAUUCAUAUAUUUGUUGAAAUAUUAUUUCUUCAAUAGGAAGAUUAAUCUCUAUAUUUAGAACAAUAUAUUUUUUUUUUAUUUUAUGAGAAAGAAUUAUUUCUCAACGGAUUAUUAUUUUUAUAAAAAAUAUAAAUAAUUCAAUUGAGUGAGUUAUAUCAUAUCCUCCUAGAUAUCAUUCUUUUAGU